AUGUCAACUCUCCAUUCUACUCCCCAUCUAUGUUAUGCCGAUGAUGUCAUAUUUAUGGGAUCUUGGUCUAAGAAGAAUGUCAUGAACCUAAAAAGAAUUCUUAGAUGUCUUCAACUUGUGUCCGGCCUAAAGGUGAACCUUAUGAAAAGUAGCUUGAUGGGGGUUGGCCCGAAAGAGGACGAGGUACAUAGGAUGGUGGGUCUACUUAAUUACAAGGCGGGGUCCCUCCCUUUCUUAUACCUUGGGCUUCCGGUUGGCGAAAACAUGAAACGGAUUGGGCCUUGGCGACCCAUUAUUGAUAAGUUUGCGAAAAAGUUAUCAAAUUGGAAAGCGAAGACUCUCUCUAUGGGUGGAAGGAUUACAUUGUCCAAAGCGGUUCUCGGUAACCUCCCAGCCUAUUACUUAUCUAUAUUCAAAGCGUCGGUCAAGGUUAUCAAUUCUCUUGAAGGGAUUAGAAGAGCUUUUGUUUGGGGUAAGUUGGGUGGAAAGAAUAAAUUACAGUGGGUGGCGUGGAAGAAGGUGCAAGCUCCAAAGAACAUGGGAGGCCUGGGUUUGGGAGAAAUAAGAAGUUUAAAUUGGGCUUUGUUGGCUAAAUGGAAAUGGAGGUUCCGAAACAACCCGACGCAACUCUGGACGAAGGUUUUACGAGCAAUACAUGGCAAUGAUAAUUCUCCCUUAGGCAUCCCGAUCAAGCGAGACAGACCGGGUGUAUGGAAAGACAUUAACUUGGUGUACGCUGAACUUAAGAAAGCUCGGGUGGAGAUCACGGAUAACACCGGGAUCGUCAACAACAACGACUCGAUUCAGACCUUCUCUGUAGCGACUUUUCGGUCUUUUGUGGCUGAGAAAAUGGGUAAAAAAACCGAGGUGGGGCAUUUUACUUGGAAUAGAUGGGUCCCUAAUAAAGUGUUACUCUUUGUUUGGAGACUCAUUCUAGGGAGCAUAGCUACAAAAGCAGCUUUCGAUCAUAGAGGCAUUAAUCUGGGGAACUUGGAGUGUGGUAUUUGCGGCGGUGAUGUUGAGACAGUUAACCAUCUCACGGUCGAAUGCACUUUGGUAAAAGCGGUUUGGUGGCAUGUCUUCAACUGGAUCAAGAUCAGCGUUAGCGUUCAAGUGUCGGAUUUCAAUGGUUUGCUAGAUGAAGUUUACAAACAAAAGGGUUCAAAGAUUUGGAAAAAAACCAUUGAAGUGGUUUUGUACGCUGCUGUCUGGAGAGUUUGGAAAAGUAGAAAUGGGAAAGUUUUUGAAAACAUUCCUUUCUCGGUUCUGAAGGUAGUCGAGGAGAUUAAAGAAGACUCUUACUUUUGGCUAAAACAUCGGUCGCCGUUUAGUAAGCUCGAUUGGAUGAGAUGGAGAGACUUCAAUAUUAGAGAUAUUAUUAUGUAA